GACAGCCCCGCCCCAGGAGGCUCCGGCACCCGGUUCCCCCUCAUCCUGGCACCAUCCCGGAUCCCCCCAGAAGCAGUGAUGGAGAAGGACCUCGACUGCUGCCAGGAUGGGGCCAAGAUGGUGCUGGGUGCCGGGCUGGGCACUGAGGGGACAGAGACACAGCUGGAUGAUUUUGUGGGCGCUCACCCCGACUACAACGAGGAGGAGGAGGAGCAGAAGUAUUUCCGCCGCAAGCGUCUCGGUGUCAUCAAGAACGUGGCGGCCGCCAGUCUGGCCGGCACCCUCACCUACGGCGUAUACCUGGGCCUGCUGCAGAUGCAGCUGAUCCUUCACUAUGACGAGACCUACCGGGAGGUGAAGUACAGCAACAUCCAGCUGGAGGACAUUGACCACAAGGUGCUGAUGGGCAUCAACGUCACACCCGUGGCAGCGCUGCUCUACACACCCAUCCUCAUCAGGUUUCUCGGCACCAAGUGGGCCAUGUUCCUGGCGGUGGGCAUCUACGCCCUCUUCGUCUCCAGCAACUACUGGGAGCGCUACUACACCCUGGUGCCCUCCGCCGUGGCCAUUGGCGUAGUCAUCGUGCCCCUCUGGGCCUCCAUGGGCAACUACAUCACGCGGAUGGCCCAGAAGUACUACGAGUAUGUCAACUACAAGGAGGAGCAGGAGAAGGAGCGGGCGCCGCGGGAUGCUUGCAACACCUACAUCAUCGUCUUCCAGACCAUCUUCUACUCCUGCUUCCACUUGAGCUUCGUCUGCGCUCAGUUGCCCAUGGUGUUCUUCCUCAACAACUACCUGUACCAGCUCAACCACACGCUGUCCGCGGUGAAGCACUGCGGGACCCUGAGCCACGGCACGCUGCCCGGCUUCAACAAGACGGUGCUGCAGAGCCUCCCCCGCAGCGUCAACCUCAUCAUCGUGGAGAGUGCGCUGAUGGCUGCCGCCUUCCUCGCCAUGCUGGUGGUGCUGGUGCUGUGCGGCGCCGCGUACCGGCCCAUGGAGGAGAUCGACAUGCGCAGCAUCGGCUGGGGGAACAUCUUCCAGCUGCCCUUCAAGCACAUGCGGGACUACCGCCUGCAGCACCUCCUGCCGCUGUUCAUCUACAGCGGCUUCGAGGUGCUCUUUGUCUGCACCGGAUUCUCCCUGAACUACGGCGUGUGCGUCCUGGGGCUGGAGAAGUUGGCGUAUCUCCUCAUGGCCUACGGCUUCUCUGCCUCGGCGUGCUCCAGCCUGGCUCUGAGCAUGCUGCGCCUGCGUCGGCACAUCCCACUCCUGGCUGGGGCCGUCAUCCACGCCGGACUCCUGGUGAUGCUCUUCUGCUGGGCGCCAGAGCCCCGGCAGCAGGCACAGGCGCCGCUGCUCUAUGCUGUUGCCGCGCUCUGGGGCAUGGGCAGCGCCCUCAACAAGACCGGAAUCAGCAUCCUCCUAGGAAUGCUGUACAAGAACAAGGAGCGCCAAGACUUCAUCUUCACCAUCUACCACUGGUGGCAGGCCCUGGCCAUCUUUGCCGUCUACCUGUGGUCCGGGCUGCCCAUGAAGGCCAAGCUGUCCAUGCUGCUGCUGACGCUGGUGGUGGCGGUGGGGACGUACCUGUGGAUGGAGCGGAAGCUGGCACGGCACGUGGAGUACCGGCUGCCCCGCCUGCCGCGCCCGCGCCACAAGUCCUGCGGGUACCGCUACCUGGAGGAGGACGACUCGGAUGAGACGGGCUCCGAGGGUGAUGGGGACCAGCAGGACGGCAGGGAGAGCCCGGCUGGGGCUGCCCACGGGGACGAGGAGCCCAGAGAGGAUGGGGAGCAGCUGGGAUAGGGGCAGCAUGGCCCCGCCCUGCUCCCAGCAACGAGCGGGGCCACUGCCCCCCCUGGGG